GAAGCAGGUGGGGGGGCGCACAUGAGUCUGCGCAUGCGCCCGGGCCGGCUCUCUUCUCCCGGCAGCCUCAGGGUCAACAUGGCGUCUGUGCAAUUACCGUCGUCUCUGCCCGCCUGAGGGAACGACGCGGUCACUGCCGCCACCGCCACCCAGACUAGUGCCACCCAGAGGAGCGUCGGGGAGAGCCAUGGCCACCACAGCCACCAAGCGUGAGGGGCCCCCCUUCAUUAGCGAGGCUGCCGUCCGAGGGAACGCUGCUGUUCUGGACUACUGCAGAACAUCCGUGUCUGCCCUUUCUGGGGCAACAGCAGGGAUCCUGGGCCUGACUGGCUUCUAUGGCUUCGUCUUCUAUUUCCUAGCAUCUACCCUCCUCUCCCUGCUCCUAGCCCUCAAGGCUGGAAGACGAUGGAACAAGUAUUUCAAAUCUAGGCGACCGCUCUUUACUGGGGGCCUCGUUGGGGGGCUCUUCACCUACAUCCUCUUCUGGACUUUCCUCUAUGGCAUGGUGCAUGUCUACUGAAGGGAGGGAGGAUCAGCAUGCAGAAAGACGCCUGCUGGGGGUAACAAGAUGUAGUCUGCUAGUUUUCCAAGGGAAUUGACUGUUUGUGCUGUUAAUAUUAUUAGUAACUUAUGUUGGGAGAGAGAUCUCUGGUGAGAGUCCGCAGAUUAAAUCAAAUGUGAAACGUGU